CCUGCGAAUCCGCAUCGACAUCGUGAUGACGCACAGUUGCGCGAAUCUUCUCAUCAAAGUGAAAUUUAUAUGAAACCUCAAGCACUUAGCCGUGAAUUUUGCCUUUAGAGUAAUCUCACGGUAUGCACUUCACCUAACGUACCUUUGAAGCCUUCAGACUGAACCAAGCAACAUGGGGAAAUGUUGCAUCCCCACUUGCAGAAACUCCGUCGUCCGUGAACCAGGACUUACUUUUCAUCAGAUCCCAUCGAACGAGCCCUGGCGUACGGAAUGGAUUGACGUGCUUGGGGAACAAGGAGUCAACUGUCUUACCGAAUGGACUCUCGUCUGCGCUGAACACUUCACCCACGAGGACUACAAAAUGACGGCUCGUAAAAACUUCCUGCUGCAAACUGCCGUGCCGUCAAUCUUCAACCCCACCAUCGACUCGGCUCCGCCUCCCAAAAAACGUGGCAGAAAACCCAAGAGUCAACAAAACGUUCAACGAUCCUUCGCUGAAACAUCGAGGCCUGACGUAGACGAAGAGUACGAUCCUUCCUGUCCUAGACGGACGGGGAGACAGCGUAAGCGAAAGGUGUACAAGGACAUGGUUGUGUUUAUGCCCAAUCCUUCGUCUGACGCCGAAGACGGCGCAGUUCAGCGGAGGGAAGGCGAACUUCCGACAGUUCUCGCCGAGAUUUCAGACGGCGACGGAACACAUCCUGUUCAGAUAACCAUUCCAGCCACAGAUGAACCGAUCGCGUACAGGACGGAGAUGAUAAGAUCCGAGGAAGUAGAUUACGAAUCCUCAGGAAGUGCUGACAGAAACGAGGCCGAGUCUGAAGACCAAGCUGAAGAUGCGGAAGUUGACAAACAGGACGGUGAGGCGGUUGAAUUCAUCUUAACGUCGGACGCAUUGGUGUCCAACUCGACGACAACUACAGUGAGCACCAGAACUGAGUCGUGUGCUGCUCAGGAACCACCGAAGAAUCUGAACGUAAUAGUUUUUUCCAGUCGUCCCCGUCCGACCACAUCGGAUCGGCCGUGCAAGGUGAGCCGGCCUGCUGCCGACGAAGCGGAGGAGCCGAGGCCGAAGCGACGCUGUUGCCAGAUACAGGCACAGCGUCUCGUGUUUUACAAGAGUGUCAUCGUUAAGUUGAGGAAAAGGGUGUUGGCUCUCGAAGCUAGUCUUCAAGAGAAAGAGAAGGAGAUAGAAGCGCUCACAAACAAGGACGGUAAAAGUUAGUAGUAAACGCUCUCCCGAGAUGUCAUGCAGCGGAAAGAUCUGUGGCACAGCACGUUUUAUUUUGCACCAUGUAGUGCAAACAUGCACACGUGUAAAUAACAGAAAUGCUUGUAUAAAAAAUAUAAAUGAU